UUACCUCCAGCCUCUUUAGAUCAAUGGAUUCACAUCUCGCAACUCCCUGCUCAAAGAGUGCUAGUGGACAGCUCCCGUAACAAGUGAACCUCGCCGGUCCUUUCCUGGGUCUGUCUGGCGUAUUUUAUUACUCAGCUCGUGGAACACCGCAAGGAUGGAGCAGCCACGCAUCUGAUUCAAACUUGGCUGUGCUCAGAGGAAGUGCACAGAGAGAGAAACGUACUUCUGUAGACUUGUUCAAAUCCAUUGGCUUUUGGUGUCGGUUUUCCUUUCUUUCUGAUGCUCAUGAAUUGAAUUCGAGAAAUCUGCGUUUGGAAGAAGGAUCUGUGUGAUUGUGGGACAGAACCGCUCAACGGUAAAGCGAAAAUAUGGAGAAUACUAUUGGAUUUAUUGGGCUGAAAAAGCUUCUUUUUGUGCUGCUGUGGUUAUCUUUUCUCAGAUGCGACACUAAGUCUUACGGUUCACAAGCGAAGAGUUUCACUGCCUUGAAGUUCUUGCAGGAGCCUGCUGACACAAUCACUGUGAGAGGGGGAACUGUGCAGCUGGACUGCAUGGCAGAGUCAGAUCAAGGCACACCUGUCAUUUCCUGGAAGAAGGACAGCGUGUUCUUGAGUGCGGUGGUGGACGAGAGGAGGCAGCAGCUGUCAAAUGGGACUCUGAUAAUCCAGAAUGUUGUUCACUCGCGGCAUCACCGGCCUGAUGAGGGCCUGUACCAGUGCCAAGCUUCUCUGGAAGGGGUGGGAGCCAUCGUGAGCAGGACAGCCAAAGUGACUGUAUCUGGCCCCCUGCGUCUGGUUGUCCCGACGGAGUCUGUGUCAUCGUAUAUCGGCGACACGGCCCUGCUGAAAUGCGAGGUGUCAGGGGAACCGAUGCCCCUGGUGCGCUGGCAGAAGAACCGUGAGGACCUGCCACUCAUCUUUGCCCCGGAGAACCGAGUGCUGGUGCUGCCAUCUGGUGCCCUGCAAGUCAGCAGGGUGCAGCCCCCUGACUCAGCCACAUACCGCUGCCUAGCAGAGAACCCUGGGAGCUCCAGGACGGGAAGCGACGCGGAGCUCAGAGUUUUGCCAGAACCUGGUCUUCAAAGAGUAUUGACAUUCCUGCAGAGACCCAUGAAAACUGUCACUUUAGAGGGUAAAGAUGCCAUUCUGGAAUGUUCUGCUUCUGGCUUUCCAACACCUACCUUCAUAUGGAUGAGAGGCAAAGAACUAAUCCAAACAAGGUCGAAGAAGUACUCCUUGCUUGGAGGGAGCAACCUGCUGAUUAGCAGUGUCACUGAUGAUGACUCUGGCACUUACACCUGCAUAGCAUCUAACAAAAAUGAGAGCAUCAGUGCCUCCUGUGAUUUCUCUGUCCUGGUGCCUCCAAGAUUUUUGAAUAACCCCUCUAAUCUGUAUGCCUUUGAGAGCAUGGACAUUGAGAUGGAAUGCGCUGUGACUGGAAAACCCCCUCCUACAGUCCGCUGGGUGAAGAAUGGGGAGGUGGUCAUUCCCAGUGAUUACUUUCAGAUCAUAGGUGGUAGUAACCUUCAGAUCCUGGGUCUGGUAAAAUCAGACGAGGGGUUUUACCAAUGUGUGGCUGAGAACGAAGCAGGGAACGCGCAAGUGGCUGCUCAGCUCAUCAUACAAGAACCUGUUGUACCGAGCUCCAGUGCCCUCCCCUCUGCUCCCCGUGACGUGGUCCCUCUCCUUGUGUCCAGCCGCUUUGUGCGACUCAGCUGGCGCCCUCCAGUGGAGACUCAUGGAAACAUCCUCACCUACUCUGUUUACUUUACCAGAGAAGGAACUAACAGGGAGCGAGCUGCGAACAUCUCACAGUCAGGGGAUUUGCAGUUCACUGUGGGAAACUUGAAGCCAGAGGAGACAUACAGCUUCAGAGUUGUGGCCUACAAUGAUUUUGGCCCUGGAGAGAGCUCGCAAGCUAUCAAGGUUUCUACACAGCCAGAAUUGCAGGUUCCUGGGCAGGUGGAGAACCCUCAUGCUGUCGCCAUGUCACCCACUUCCAUUCAGGCAUCCUGGGAGGCGCCGGCCUAUGCCAAUGGCCCCAUCCAGGGUUACAGAUUGUUCUGGACAGAGACGUCCACUGACAAAGAACAGAGUGUGGAUGUGAGUGGGAAAAGCUUCAAGCUGGAGGGGCUGAAGAAGUUCACAGAAUACACUAUACGUAUACUGGCUUACAAUCUUUAUGGGCCUGGCACAGCCACAGAGGAUCUGACAGUGGCCACACUUUCAGAUGUACCAAGUGCACCCCCUCAGAACAUCACAUUAGAGGUUGUCAACUCAAGAAGCAUUAAAGUCAGCUGGAUGCCUCCUCCAUCAAAUGCACAAAACGGCUUUAUCACGGGCUACAAAAUUCGCCACAGAAAGACAGGGCGCAGAGGGGAUCAAGAAACCUUUGAGCCAAAUAACCUUUGGUACCUGUUCACAGGACUAGAGAAGGGCAGUCAAUACAGUUUCCAAGUGUCGGCAAUGACUGUAAAUGGGACUGGCCCCUCUACAGACUGGUACACAGCUGAGACUCCAGAGAAUGACCUUGAUGAAUCGCAGGUUCCUGAUCAACCAAGUUCGCUUCACGUCCGACCACUGACAAACAGCAUCAUAAUGAGUUGGACCCCCCCACUGAAUCCUAACAUCGUUGUCAGGGGGUACAUCAUCGGCUAUGGAGUGGGCAGUCCAUAUGCAGAAACUGUGAAGGUGGACAGCAAGCAGCGCUAUUACUCCAUUGAAAAUUUGGAGCCGAGCUCCCACUAUGUCAUCUCAUUGAAGUCUUUCAAUAGUGCUGGUGAAGGGGUCCCUUUGUAUGAAAGUGCUGUAACCAGAUCCCUUACAGACCCCUCAGAUCCAUUGGACGAUGAUUUGUUCCAUUUGUUUGAUAAAUUCCCUACUCCCAUCCCAGAUACUUCCACCCCCAUGAUCCCCCCAGUAGGUGUGCAGGCUGUGGCUCUGACCCCUGACUCAGUGAGGGUCAGUUGGGCAGACAACUCUGUCUCCAAGAAUCAGAAAACUACCGAGGUGCGCUACUACACUGUCAAAUGGCGAACCAGCUAUUCCACUGCUGGAAAGUUCAAGACCGCAGACACCACAGCCCUCAGCCACACCGUCACAGGACUGAAGCCCAACACCAUGUAUGAGUUUGCUGUCAUGGUCACCAAAGGAAGAAAAUCCAGCACCUGGAGUAUGACAGCACAUGCCACAACCUAUGAAGCAGCUCCCAGCUCUGCCCCUAAAGACCUCACUGUCAUCAGCCGAGAGGGAAAACCGCGUGCUGUCAUUAUCAGCUGGCAGCCACCAAUGGAAGCCAAUGGAAAAAUCACUGGGUACAUUCUAUUUUACACUCUGGACAAGAACAUGCCCAUAGAUGACUGGGUGAUGGAAUCCAUCAGUGGGGACCGCCUCACUCACCAGGUCAUGGAUCUGAAUUUGGACACAGUCUACUAUUUCCGCAUCCAGGCCAAAAAUGCAAAGGGAGUAGGCCCCCUCUCUGACCCCAUUCUCUUCAGGACGCCUAAAGUUGAGCACCCUGACAAAAUGGCUAAUGACCAAGGUCGCCAUGGAGACGGAGGGUACUGGCCAUCAGACACCAAUCUGAUUGAUAGGAGCAGCCUUAACGAGCCUCCCAUUGGUCAGAUUCACCCUUCCCAUGGCAGCGUGACCCCACAGAAGAACAGUAACCUGCUGGUGAUAAUCGUGGUCUCUGUUGGUGCUGUGACUGUGGUUGUUGUUGUCAUCGUGGCUGUGAUUUGCACACGUCGCUCCUCAGCACAACAAAGGAAGAAACGUGCCACCCAUAGCACGGGAAAAAGGAAAGGCAGUCAGAAGGAUCUGAGGCCCCCAGACUUGUGGAUCCACCAUGAAGAGAUGGAGCUGAAAAAUAUCGAGAAGCCCUCAGGCUCUGCCCCUACAGGUCGAGAUUCACCCAUGCAGGGCUGCGAAGAUAUCACACCCAUCAGCCACAGCCAAUCAGAGAGCCAGAUGGGAAGCAAGAGCAGCCACUCAGGUGCAGAAGGAGAUGAGGCAUCAAGCAGCAUGUCCACUCUAGAACGCUCCUUGGCUGCAAGGAGAGCAACACGUACCAAAUUGAUGAUUCCCAUGGAUUCACAGCCCAACAACCCUCCUGUUGUAAGUGCUAUACCAGUGCCAACUUUAGAGAGUGCCCAGUACCCAGGGAUCCUGCCUUCACCUACCUGUGGGUACCCCCAUCCUCAGUUCACCCUGCGGUCUGUGCCAUUCCCAGCACUCUCCGUUGAACGCAGCUUUGCAUCAGCAAUGGCUGAGAGCUCUGCACCACACUCCCAGCAGCAGACUCUACUUGCACCCACACAGUCAGAACAUGCAGGUUCAGAGGAGGUGCCCAGCAGGACCAUCCCCACUGCUUGCGUACGGCCCACCCAUCCUCUUCGCAGCUUUGCCAACCCACUUCUGCCUCCUCCAAUGAGCACCAUAGAGCCCAAAGUCCCUUACACACCACUCCUCCCUCAAACAGGAGCCAGUCUCCCCAAGGCUCAAGUCAAGACAGCAUCUCUGGGUCUCGCCGGAAAAGCAAGGUCGCCACUCCUUCCAGUGUCUGUGCCCACCGCCCCUGAGGUCACUGAAGAGGGAAACAAACAGCCUGAGGACCCAGCCAGUGUAUAUGAACAAGAUGACUUGAGUGAACAAAUGGCUAGUCUAGAAGGACUAAUGAAACAACUAAAUGCCAUUACUGGCUCGGCCUUUUAACACUCAAACCUGACACAGCAAGGCAAUGAAAAAGAAGCAUCGCAGCACAGCAGUACUCCACCACCGAAGACAAACACAGGGAGCAGACAUCGCCAGGUCUCAAAGACACUUUUACAUUCACACUGAAGGCAAUUCUGGUCUGUCUACUCCAAAGACAUCACUCUGGAUUAGAGAUUUCAGUGAAGAGGAAAAAUCUAAUUAAAACCACAUCUGGAAAAUAAAUGGAACUAUGUUUUAUUUUAAAAAAAAACAUAAAACCUGAGUUUCCAGCAUUCCAUUUUUUUUUAAUUUUCAGGCUCAGGUAUCAGAAAUGAAAUUUCAUAUAUCAUCAUGCCACUGCUGGAUUCCUUUUUGUUUAUUUAUGAAGAAAAAUAUAAAAAAACGGGGUAGAUCAGUUUCUUGCCACAGCAGAUCCACCAAUGAAAAUGGCAUGUUUUUUGAUCUGGUGUGCUAUAACUCCUCGAAGUGUUUGAAGUUAUGAAAGAGCCCCAGAGAAGACGCACAAGACUGUAGCUGCUGGUUGUAUUGGGAAUUUGGAGAUAUCGACCGGCUAGCUACUAGAACAAAAUGCCUUCUGCUGGUUUGAACUUUAGUUGUUGUGAUUUUUGUUUUAUGAUCUAUUCAGUCAGUUACCAGGUGCAGCUUAAUUAAAUAUCCAUCCAAUUCCAUGUGAAUGGACUUUAAAUAUUGGUUUCUUCACUUCAACACAACAAUUCCCUGUAUCCCCCAGUAAUAACCUGUUCUGGAUUUUGAAAAUCUGAAAAGAAAGAAAAUAAUGAAAAUACCUUUAUUUUCAGUCUUAAAAAAAAGCUUCUUUCAGCUCUUUGCUGCAGUAUCGUCCAUGGGCUGGGAUGUGUGUUUCGUGUGAAUAGGAAUGUUUAAUAUUUUUUUAGCACUUCAUUUGAUUAAUUUGUGAACCUUGAUAGGGCACAGAUCUUGUGGGUCAGAUCUUUUCAGACUAGCCAGCCUGACACUCUUUUUCUCACUCAGAAAACUGAUCAUACUGUACGUAAUUACUUGUCACCAUAUGUCAAGAAGAAGUUUAGACAUCCAAGUAAUUUGGGGAGUUCUUGGAAAAACUUUCUAUACUUUAAGAAAUGAAUCCACUUGUUUGUGCUAUUGCUGCAUUUUGCUCAAGAGGAAGGAUUUAUACAUUUGUAUCCCACUUGCCAAUCUUCAUCAUCUAACAACACAAUGUAUUGUUUUAAAUAGACAAACUUACCUUGCUGAUUCAUGGUGUUGCAAGUAUUAUUCAACUGCAAUUUGAAUCCAGAGCACAGUUACUGUCACUUUACUCAAGAAACAAGCAAUUUGCUUAUUUCAGAAAUGAGUGCUGAAUAUCAUUUUACAUGAUUGAACAGGUCUUCAGAGUCAGCUGCAUAUUUUUGCCAAUUUUCCUUACUUAAAAAGUCAGGUUGUGAAAUAUAUAAUGUCAACAAAAUGUUAUCUUCCUUCAAAACCAAUAAAGACUCAUUACAGCUUCUAUUUGCAAAGCUUAGCUUCUGGAUGACCUGUUUAAUUGAGCUGUGCAGCUUUCUAGUGUGUAAUAGCUCUAUUUGUUUUAAUGUUACUUUAAACCAAUGGUUAAAAAUAAUAAAACCACCAUCUUACAAUAAUUAGUAGUAGUAUGAGUUGACCUAUUUGUUAAGUAAAUAAUGCUUUAUUUUCACAUUUCUUCAUAAAAUGGUCAACAAGAGCCAAAUAUUGUUUUGCUAUAGAUCUUACGUGCUGUUUUCAUGGCUGUGUUGGAGUCUGCAUUAUAGCCAUCUCCCAAGCAUUCUCCCACUGUGACCAGGCAGAGACUACCAGAGGUGAUCCAUGAUCUCUGUGGUUGUGUUAUACAUGUAGAAGGUAUGCAUUUUAAUGGCUUAGACAGAAAUAACAAUGGAAGCAGCUUUCACUAAACUUGCAACCUAAAAUACGUUUAUACUCUAAAAUACUCUAAUAUUUUUUUUUAGUAUAAAAUUUUAAUUCCCCGAUGUUUAACAAAUCUACACUGUAAUAUUGCUGUAAAAACUACAACAACAAACAUUCCAUCCAGAUAGACCAAAAAUAGUCAAACCCAUUUUUCCAAAAGACUUAUCCCCAGAUGUGGGGAAUUUGAAUGCUCGUUAACCAUAGAGAGUGGCUUCAUUGCAAUAGCUUCAUUAGGCACUAUGAAACCUGUUACACAGUGCUGAAGAGAAAUUUACACAUACCUGUACAUUACACACAAAUAUAUCCUCAUAUAGAGCUACUUCUCACAUUUGUCAGCUGCGAUUUAUAGAAAUAUUCUAUUCAGAAACAGCUUCUGGAUUCAGGCUUCAAUGAACAGUAAUUUACGACAGCAAAUGUGGGAUAGGAUCUUCACAACCUAAUGGCCCUCUUUAUCAUGUGCAUAAUUAUGAGCAAGACUCCAAGUGAAAUACAAUUGAUUUGGAAGAAAUACAGCAAUGAAGAAACGCUGGAAAAAAGCUGAAUUUCUGUUGGACCAACAUUAGAAAAACAGAAACAGAACAAAAGCAGUAAAUUUAAAUAAUACUUUGGUAUUUCCUGCUAUACUGUUUACACUCCCUACUUAGGUUUAUGUUCAGUAUAGUACACCUUUGGUGAUAAAAAUGAAAAAACAAAACAAAAUAUCUGUCUGCAUUUAACAAACACCCAGAUAUAUUUCUACAUAAACAGCAGCAGUGACAUACAAUGCAGCCAAUUGUAUUCUCAGUUGUUUGCUCUGAUGUUUAACCCACUUCUGGAAUUCAAUGCUAUUUUACCUUUGAAAUAAUUAACUGUAUGUGGGGCAAAAUGGUGGCUUGGAAGUUCUGGGGUUCUGGGCUACAUUCUGCUCCAAGUUGCCUUCUGUGUUCGUAUAUUAGAGUUUUCUCUAAAAAAGCACAGUCUUCUCUGACUCACAAACCAUGCUGGCUAGGUUAAUUAUUGGUGUACAAUUAUCCAUGUGUAUAGUAUCUGAGCACACCCAGCAGUAGACUGGCAUUCCUUCUUGCCUUGUACCCUGUGCAUCCAGGAUAGGCUCGAGAAUAUAAGCCGAAUAAGCAGGAAGCCAUUUUCUGAUAAUGGAUGGAUGAAUUGCUCUGCAUUACUCCAUACAGUACAUGCAUACAACGUCACAUUUUGAUGAAAAACAAUGCUGUAGUAAUACCACGCCUUACUGAUAAGGAAGUGAUUUAGUUAGCAUAGUUAUGGAAUUAUAUUCCUGUCUUGGAAUACACUAUGCCAUACACCAUACAUUAUGUUGUAAUUAUUCAUUAACAAAAGCAUAUUACAUACAGUACUUGGAAAGCAGUGUGGGAAAUUUUCAGAUAUUACUAUUCCACCUUAUGCUGGCAAAACAAAGAAAAUAUAUGAUGUAAGAUUUUUUACAGCCUGUAACUGACCUUCUGCACUCACUGUCAGGAGCAAAAAAAAAAAAGCUAAGGCCAUUUUUUCUAUAUCUUCUUCCUCUUGAGCUCUUGAGUUAGGGGGCAAAUUAUGGCAAAUCUUUUACAGAAGGCCGUUUCCGCCAGCAAAAUCAGUCUGAGUUUUUAAAAACACAAUGGAACAGUGAACCAAGGGACUGACUUGCUCCACCAUCACCUGCGUCUCAUUUUUGUUGAUACGGUUUCUUGAAUAUAUCAUUGUACCCGUAUGUCCCAACAAUGUUUUUUUUUUAUCAGUUGCCUUUAUCUUUUUUUUAAUCAAGAAAAACUAAUUUAUAUGCCAUGUUUUCAAGAAAUGUUUAUUUUGCGAAUACCCUUAUGAUGAGUGAACAUCACUUACUUUGCUCUCCUGUUGGUCAGCCUUAAAGGGAAAAGCAAAAUUAAACAGGCAGAACCUUAAAUUGUAUCUUUCCAGAUGAUGAGGAUAAGCUGGCGUGGCCCUAUUUGUUCCACUGUAUGCUGUAUAGGUAUAUGUCAGUGUGAAAAACUAAGCCGAGAGGAGAAAUGAAAAAAAAAUGCUGUUUUUAUUGUAUAGUGUGUCAAGCAGUUUAAAAAUUGCUAAUGGGGGUUAGGGGGUGGGGGUGGGUUAAGGGUACUUUUUUAUAAUUAAUAUUUAAUUUAUUAGAGUGUUCUUUUUUGAUAAUUUAUGAAGACAACAUUAUCUUUCUGAAAAUUUAACUUAGGGUCUUCAAAACAGCAGAACCAGACAAUGACUGGCUCGAUACUUUUACAUUCUAAUCCCCUUGAGAAGAACUGCUCUUUUAACUCGGCUCACUACUGGGUUUUUUUUUUACCACAUUCCCCUCCAAGGCAGUAUUUUCUCAGAACAUAAAUAUUUUUCCACUGCUCCAGGGGAUACUGCUGAAGGCCUUUUGAAACUCACUUAUGGUAUUGCUGAAUUCAAACAUCCCCAAUCUUCUGAUUAUAAAACUUGACAUGAAUCCCUGAAGAAACAUUUUUUUGGUUCUUUCACAGGUUUGCUUUGAUAAUUAAGGUUUGAUAUUUGGAUCCCUUGUUUUUCUUCAACUAAGACCACUGUGUUCCAUUGAAGUUAGGUACUAGACUAUAAAGCUAUUUAAAAGCUUAUAGAUUUAUCAGUCCCAAAUAAAUUAACAAAAACUAUAAAACAUGUCUUGAUAAUGGCUUUCUCUUGAAGAUACAACCUGCAGUCAGGAAAAUGUAGAACGAUACUUAUUUUUACAUAAGGAAAAGUCAAAUAAAUACUAUUAUACCAGCCAAUGAGAAAAUAAUAACAUUGUCUCUAAAUAAAAUGCCCAUUAUAAAUUAGGUCAUAUGUUCUGAAGAUAGUAUAUACAAUAAGAGAUCCCAUGAGAAAUAGAGAAAUAUACCCUAAAACAUUACAUGCUUGUUAAGGUUAGCAUUUUCUGUUACGUUGUGUGUUUUUCUAACAAUGAUAACCCCAGUCAAAGAUGGACUUCACUACAUAAAGAAAUAUAGCGGUUGUCAAAUAAAUUCUGAUCAAACCUAAACGAGCCCAUUGUAAUCUGCAUACAUCAUCUUUGUCCUUUCGAUUUUAGGCAUCUGAAAUUCUGAGGAGAAUAGUCUUAGCAUUCAAGGAAAAGUGAGGUGAAACUAAAACUGUUCACUUUAAAAUAUAUAUUAACAUACACACCCUGUCCGAUAUUCUGCAGUAUUCCUGUCUUUCUGUAAAAAGGGAAAAUAAAUCUUACUUGUAGGACAGCUUUACAGUAUGUGACUCGAGUUAUAACUCUUCCAGCAAUAAGUCUGUUGUCAAAAGAGUUUAUCUUCAGCCAGCUUCUUCAUUCAUUAAGAACUCUAUUGAUGUUUUAAUGAAUACCCAUAGGUACAGUAUUUAUUAAAUAGUGUGUACUUGAACAAUACUGAAAAUAUGCAUAGUCUGUCCAUAUGAAUAUAAUUUAAUACAACAGAAAGUCAGUCUACCUUACCACCCUGUAGUGGUUUAUAGAUUACGAGUAUAAUACUAUCCUAAGAGAUUCAUGUGUAACAGUUUUAAAUCAGUGUAAAGGUUGAAUGUGGUCACAAGUCAACAAUUCCUUAAAGAAAAAAUAUCUUCUACAAAAGAGUUAUAGUUUUACUAUAAAGAGUUUCUUCAAAGUAACUUUGAAAUGGCCAAAUUGUCUGUACAUUGGAAAAUUGGAUAUUGAAUUCCGUUAAAGUAUUAAGAUGGCAGUAAACGCAUGGUAGCUCAGUGUAGGUACAGGCCCAUUACGUCUCUAUGGUGCAGAGUUAUGCGGUUUAACCAAAGUGCAGCGGAAGGUGACAAAUGUGAAGGUGAUUUAGGGUAGACUCAGCGGAUAAUCAUUUGGAAGCCUCCUUUCUGGCUCCAGAACAUGCAUCUGUCCAGAGAGAAAGACGUACAGCAGAUUUAAUAUUCAAAAAAUUGGUUUGAACGACCCUUAAGAGGUCUGCUUAGACAAAAUAACUUAAACUUGAAGACAAAGUUUUCAUAACACAAAGAGCUUGACCACGCUACAGAAACAGUGAACGUUUUAGAAAACAAAAGAAAUGUUUUUGAGAGAAGACCUAAGUAAACAUGUUUUGAACAUAUGGAACAGUUCUUAAAUUGUCAGAGUCUAGACUCAUUGUUAACCAAAUUAGAUUAGUGAUUACAAUAUUUAAGUGUACAUUUUGUUUUUUUGAGGAGGGGUGAAGGUUGCAUACAAUUAAAAAAAAAAGCAUUAUGGCUGUUUCUACACAAUCUUGUAUACAAUUGCUGAAAAAAAAUGGUUUUGUAAUGCACUGUAGAACAGUCUGAUGUUCCUUUUUUAUAGAAAUGUUAUUUCAAUGGUGCAUUCUUUUUGUUUGAUAAAUAAAGUUUUUGAUAUA